GGCUGCGUCAAAUGGAGAUGUCAAUGCCUUGACUGCCGUGAUUCGAGAGGACCCAUCCAUCCUCGAAUGCUGCGACAGCGAGGAUGCCUGCAAGACUCAGAGAAGGGAGAAAUCUGGAGAGGAAUUGGGUUGCCAGCCAUCCUUCAGUCCGAGUAGCAUUCCUCUGCUGACUGAUUCUCAGAAAUCUCUGUGAGUGUGAGCUUCCAGAGGAGGAGUACAGACUUGAGGUGAAUCUCCAACCAAGAGACUUAAACAAGUCCCAGCUGGCCAGAAGUUGUGGAUGACAUUUGGUGUCUCACGCCAGGGAGUAUAAAACACAUAGAUUCUGCUUCACCAGGCUGGCUUGUUCCAAGAGUUCUGCAAAGUGAAUCAAAACAAGUCACUUCAUCAGGAAGAAAACACAUUGAAAAAGCUGAAUACGUUUCCUACAUUGAUUCUAAAAGCAGAGGAAUAUUUAUUACAGGUGGUUUCUUUAGCAAGAAUUUGUACACCCCCAGGCUAGGCGGUCGCAUGACUUUAUCAUCCACAACCUCCAAUAAAAGCACGUUGAACCUGUCUGCCUGGUUGGAGUCACUUUCCAAAGGAUGCACACCCUUGAUGCAUGCGGUUUCUGGACGACAAGUGGACACAGUGAAGCUGCUGCUGAAGAUGGGGGCCAACAUUAACAUGCAGGACGCGUGUGGCCGCACAAGUUUGUGCCUGGCAACCUACCUGGGUUGGCUUGAAGGCUGUGUGAGUCUUCUCAGAAAUGGUGCCAAGCAUAAUAUUCCAGAUAAAAAUGGCCGCCUUCCGCUUCACGCUGCCACCGCCGAGCCCGACGUAAGGCUCCUGACCGUCCUGCUGCAGCAGUCCAACCUCAGCGAAAUCAACCACCAGGACAAUGAGGGAAUGACGCCGCUCCACUGGGCAGCUUUCCACAACCAGCCUCAGCACACCCAAAUGCUACUGAAGAAGGGGGCAGACCCCACCCUUGUGGAUAAGGACUUUAAAACAGCUCUGCACUGGGCAGUCCAGAGUGGAAACAGGAUUUUGUGUUCCAUCAUCCUGAGCCACCAUCAGGGGCCGUCUAUAAUCAACUACGACGACGAGAGCGGGAAGACGUGUGCGCACAUCGCCGCGGCCGCAGGGUUCAGCAGCAUUAUAGAUGAACUGGCGAGAGUCCCUGAGUGUAACCUGCAGGCUCUGGAUGUGGAUGACAGAGUGGAGCCUGCUCCAACCCUCCCUCCCCAAAACAGUCGGCCCCAGAAGAAGGAGGGGCGGUUCAGCAUGCUCAACCAAAUCUUCUGCAAAACCAAGAAAGAAGAGCAGAAAGCCCAUCAGCAAGAUCACAGAAAGGACAGGGCCAGUGGAGGGGACACCCCGGAAGUCGAUGACAUCAUCGCCACCAUCCUGGAUACCAACUGCCAAGAACAGCCUGGAGACCAGGUGGCUAUGGUUGUUGACCUUAAGAAGAGGACCUUGGAGAACUCAAAGUAUCUCUUGCCAGAAAAGAAACUUCUGGCCCGUAAGGGGCUUCCACCCAUCAGAACCCAGAGUCUCCCACCCAUUACCCUGGGCAAUAAUUUCAUGACAGCUUCCCAUGGGGCCAUUUCCCAAGCUGCCCUGAGCCCGGGUACUCAGCAUACUGCCCAGCAAUCUCCGAAAAGUCGAAGUGAGCAAGAUUUAUUAAAUAACAGGACUGGCUGCCAAGUGUUUCUAGACAAGCCCUGGAAGGGUGAUUCCAACCAGGUACUUGCCUACAAAGCUUGGACCAUGUCUUCCUCUGAGAAGCUGCUGGACAGGCUUCUUGCAGGCCGCCCAGGCCACCAGGAGCUCUCCGGGCCACCGCGUCUUCCUCACCUGCACAACCCUCUACCUGGACAAAAUCUGCAGCAUCUCUCCCCAAACAGACCAAAAAUCAGGGAUCUUCCUUUCACUCGGAACAACCUCACUCCCCUCCCUGACCAAAAAUUUCUAUCUGGAGAACCUCUCCGAGCAAACCGAGUGCUUCCUGCGAUUCCCAGUCAGCGGGGGCACGGCACCCCCGCGGAGAGCACGGCCAGGUCCACCGGCAGUGCAGAUUAACCACUGCUGCUAGCGGCAGAAAUACACAUGUCAUCUUUGUUCGGCUCUCAGAGGGCAAGACUGCUGUGGUUCAUAAGAAUAAAGACUAAUAUAGAAAGCUGUAUCCUAUAAGCCAUUCACAAUUUUACAACUCAAAAUUCCUUAUCCCAAAUAAAGAUACUUCCUCCUAAGUACUUAGAAUACAGUGUUUCACUGUGCAUUCAUAGCAAG